CCCGGCCUGACCGCCGCCUGUCGCUCCGCCCGCAGGUCUCCGGGCGCAGCCCUCGCCCCGCCGCCGCCUGCCCCGGCCCGGAGCGCGGUGGAGGAGGCCGCCGAGGAGCCGGGGGCCCGCGCCCCGCGCCCCCCAGACAUGGUGGGCCACCUGCAUCUGCAGGGCAUGGAGGACGGCCCCAAGGAGCAGGGCCGGGAGGGCUUGCUGGACAGCCCCGACUCCGGGCUGCCCCCCAGCCCCAGCCCCAGCCCGCCCUUCUACUCGCUGGCGCCUGGCAUCCUGGACGCGCGCGCGGGGGGCGCCGGCGCCUCCUCGGAGCCCCUGGGACCCAGCGAGGCCAGAGCGCCUCCUUCCCUCCUCCCAACGCCCCCGGCACCCGAGAUGCGCGCCCGGCUGCUGCCAGUGUUCUUUGGGGAGAGCAUCAAGGUGGACCCAGAGCCCUCGCAUGAGAUCCGCUGCAACUCUGAGGUCAAGUACGCCUCCGAGAAGCACUUCCGGGACAAGGUCUUCUACGUGCCCGUGCCCACCGUCACGGCCUACAGCGAGACGAUCGUGGCGGCGCCCAACUGCACGUGGCGCAGCUACCGCAGCCAGCUGACCCUGGAGCCGCGCCCGCGCGCCCUGCGCUUCCGCAGCACCACCAUCAUCUUCCCCAAGCACGCCCGGAGCACCUUCCGGACCACCCUGCACUGCAGCCUGGGCCGGCCCCGCCGCUGGUUCGCCUCCAGCGUGCAGCUGCAGCCGUGCGAGGACCCCGGGCCCUAACGGGGCUGGGGCCGGCCCUGGGCGGGAGGGGAGGCCGCAGCGUGGACGGAGGGUGAGCUGUGUGAGCCUGGUUCCCGCGGGGAGGACCCAAGGAUGCGGCUGUUGGAGCAGCGCUCACACCUCGAGGCCUGCUGCAGCCACUCGUGUCCAGGCCGUGGGUGAGGGGAGAGGCGCCCUCCAGGCACCCCGGUCGUGGUGAGCAGCGUUUCCGAACGGGCCUUUCGAAUGUGUGCAGCUUGUGCCGAGAGGCCAAGGCGGACGCCAGGGCUGGUGGCGCUGGGGGCAGAGGGACGUGGCCGGUGAAGUACCUUGAGCCGGAGCUGUGCCAGUGUCCUUGGCAUCUGGAGCCUCACCCCAGGGUGGCCCCAGCUGACGUUGUCCACACGCUGCUUUCAGGACGUCAACGCCAACCCAGGAGAGGCCAUGAAGCUCUCAGAAAUGUUGCUGCCACCUGUGUCGGACCACUCUGGACAUGAAGGGGUCCGAGGUCAGCUGCUGGCUUGGACGCCGUGGAGGCCGUCUGUGCAAGACAGUGACAACGUGUCACUCCCCCGCACUGCAGGGUCACCCCUGCCCGACGUGUGGGAGGAAAACCAGCCAGCUGCCACGCCAGGACAUGCGGGGGCUGGGGCGCCCGGCGAUGCCCCUCUGAGCCCUCCUCCCUCUCAGACCCGAGUGCCCCCAGCAGUGGGCAGCGGCUCCUGCCACCCCCGAGGGGUAGGGAAGGCCCUGGCUCCCUCCGGGGGACUCAGCUCACAUCCCAAAGGGGCCGAAUGGCUGAUUUAUUUUUGUAUAUCUACACAGUGCGUUUUCUCUCCAGGGAUGCUUUCUGAUUAACAAAUAACUUAAUAAAAUGUGCAAACCGGAAGGGACUGCUACUUGGUCUCUGAGACCCUCAAUCCCACAGGGGCUGAGGGCUGGACGUGUUCCCAGGCUCGUCACACUCUGGCCACCUGCUGUGCUUCCCGCUGGCAUUACUUCCUGGGAGACCCUGCCUCCCCGCUGCUCGGAGCAGACAGGGGGGACUUAAGCCUCAGCCCCACCCAAGAGCUAGUGUUAAUAAAUGCAGAGGGCCGGGCCAGGGACGUGGA